CAUGCGUGUCGUGCGCUUUUUGCAAAAAAAAAAAGGUAAAUGAUAAUUCGGAUGCCUUUCGGGGAGGGGGGGGAUGGCUAUUUUAAAGUACGCCAUUAACAUGGCGCCAAAAGAUUUUUUUUUUUUAAGUGUGAGAUUAUUUUUGCUCUAAGGUUGCACAUAGGGGAUCGCAACGCGAUUUGGCCGGGGAGCGGUGCAAAUGGGGGGGAAGAAAUGUGCGCGGCGGAGCCUCAAGCAAACUAUCUCCCGGCGACUAGCUAAACCCCGAGUGCGCUGAAAUUUAAAAUACCAUUUCUGCGUAAAAAAAUUGGGGGAAUCCCAGACAGGGGACGAGAGAGGGGGUAAAAUAAUAAUGAUCUUAAAAAAUCCCCGUGUUAAAGUGGGACCGUCGGAUACCACGCUGGAGCUGGACCGCAGCCGAAAAUGCGACACGACUGAGCAGAUCAUCGUCCAUCCGUCUGAACUGAGGACGCUUUUUUUCUUUCAUCCAAAAAGCAGCCUGCAACCAAGGCGAAAAAGAUGGAGAGUGAAAAGAAGAGGAGGAAAUACUCCACCAGCAGCAACGAGUCUGAAGCCAAUGACGGUCAUGUGACCUCUUGGUCGAAGUGCCCCAAAAGCAUGGGAAGCAGCAGCGGCUGGUGCCGACCGGAGCAGAAGAAGCCGUCGGAGGUGUUCCGGACUGACUUCAUCACCGCCAUGAAGCUGCCCGAUUCGGCCCAGCUGAGCCCCGAUGAGUUCUACGUGCUGUCGGACCACUGGAGGCAGGAAUGGGAGAAAGGGGUACAGGUGCCAGCCAAUGUGGAGGCCAUUCCCUGUGCUGUGGUCAGGCUGGUGCCAGAGCUCAAUCGGGGCACAGUGCCCACUGAGGGGGAGCAGGGGUGCGCUGGGACCCCGGCCAAGCCCCUGAGUCCGUACGACCUGGACGACCUGGAUGUGUUCUGGUUGGAAAUGGUCAACUCUGAGUUCAGGGAAAUGGCCCUGCCGGAGCUGGAUGAGCCGACGAUGGAGCGAGUGAUAGUGGAGCUGGAGCGGAGGUGUGAAGAGAACAUGCGUUUAGCCAUCGCGGCGGGAGGCCUAGGCAUCGAGUAUGACGAGGACGUGGUGUGUGACGUGUGCCGCUCACCCGAGGGCGAGGACGGCAACGAGAUGGUCUUCUGUGACAAGUGUAACGUCUGCGUGCACCAGGCCUGUUACGGCAUCCUGAAGGUUCCCCGAGGGAGCUGGCUGUGCCGAACCUGCGCCCUGGGGGUCCAGCCCAAAUGCCUGUUGUGCCCCAAGAGGGGGGGGGCACUGAAGCCCACCCGCAGCGGUACCAAGUGGGUGCACGUCAGCUGUGCCUUAUGGAUCCCAGAGGUAAGCAUCGGCUGCCCCGAAAAGAUGGAGCCCAUCACCAAGGUGUCCCACAUCCCCCAGAGCCGCUGGGCGCUGUCCUGCAGCCUGUGUCGAGAGCACACCGGCACCUGCAUACAGUGCUCCAUGCCCACUUGCGUUGUGGCCUUCCACGUGACGUGCGCCUUCGACUGCGGGCUGGAGAUGCGCACCAUCCUGGCGGAGAACGACGAGGUGCGCUUCAAGUCGUACUGUGCCGAGCACAGUGCCCUCCAGGGCGGCCGGCCGGACCGGGCGGAGCAGGCAGAGCCCGAGACAGCUGGCCAGCGCAAGCGCAAGUUGCAGGAGCUGGAGGACGAGUUCUACCGACUGGUGGAGCCGGCCGACGUGGCUGAAGGCCUGCGGCUGCCGCACACCCACGUCGACUUCCUCUACCAGUACUGGAAGCUGCGGCGCCGGGCCGGAUUCAACCGGCCUCUGCUGGCCCUCAAGAAGGACGAGGUGGACGACCUGGCCCAGCAGGAGCAGGACGUGCUCUACCGCCGCCUCAAGCUCUUCACACACCUGCGGCAAGACCUGGAGAGGGUCCGCAACCUGUGUUACAUGGUGACUCGCCGGGAGAAGAUGAAGCUCUCACUGUGUGACCUGCAGGAGAAGAUCCUGCAGCUCCAGCUGCGGCUCCUGGAGGAGGCCCCGGCAGCGGGAGAGAGAGGGAGACAGAACGGAGUGAAAGACCGAGGGAAGGAGCGCAGGAGAGGCAGCCCGGAGAAGAAGGAGAGGUGGAAGGCGGAGAGUGGCUCCUUACUCAAACACCUAGGUCUGGCGGAUGGCUUCCCCCUGGAUGAGGCUCUCUCUGGGGGCUGGCUGACACGCUCGGUGGAGAUCACAGCCGAUGACGUGCUGAGUCGAUGGGCGCUGGCGGGGGGCCCGCGGGACAGCCCAGCAGGGCUGCUGUCUGACCAGCUGCUGCAGGGCGAGGAGAGCCUACUCAGCCUCAUGAUGGACCCCUCCCUCAAGUCCGCCUGGAAGACACCCCGGCUGGGCCGAGGCACUAAGGGGAAGCCCCGAUCCAGGGCUCACAGGCCGCGAGUCCCUGACGGCGACGGGGUCCGACCUGACGGGAGGGGGACUAACGGAUUCGCCCGCCCCCGAGCCUCAAAGGGCCUGCAUCGGCGACACCGUCAGCUGUAUGCACGACCGAAGGGUGGCCGCCCCCUGCGCACCGGCCCCCAGCCCCCCGUCUCCAAGAUGAGCUCCUGUCACAUCUCAGAGGACUGCGGCACGUGGGAUGGCACCCACCUUAGGGAAGCCUGCACGGCCGCUGCGAGCCCCGGGAAGCCCAGAGCCACGGACAGGCCCCGCCCCACUCUGAGGCUCCGCCUCCCCCGGCCCAGCAAGCCACCAUCCAGGGGUGGGCCGCAGGAUCAGCCCUGGGGCCAGCGGGAGCUCGCGGGCAGGGACGGCUCGCUUUCGGACGGGCGGCCAGACGAGUCGAUGUCGGAUGCAGAGCCGAGCGACUCCGAGACCCCCGCAGGGGCGGGCAAGCUCCGCCUUGCCCAGCUGCAUGCUGGGAGCGAGGACGUGCUGAGGAGGAGCGUGCUGGCCACCUAAGUCUGACCAUUGGGAGUGAGAGAGCACGGAGGUGGGGGUCCUGACCCAGGCGCCGGUGACCGCUGCACGCCCUCCGUGACUGUUUGUGAUGUGUGUGCCCCCCUGCCCCUCCACCAGAACCAGGCCAAGGCAGCGCCGAUACGGACGUGUCCGCGCCCGUUACAUUCUGUGUUCCGGAAUUCUCCACAAGACCAUAUGCUUGUUCCUUUUUUUUUUUUUGUAAUUUGUGGUUGAUGUUGCCGAUAGUAACUGAAACUGCAGCUGUGUUUAGGGCAUUAUGGGUGGUGAGUUCGGUGGCGUUACCUUGGCCUUUGACUCCGGAAUGUGUCCAUCUCAUGUCUGAGGGGGGGGGGGGGGGGGGAAACAUCACUUAUCUGAUGUUUACUGUGGAGGAAAAAAUGCGAAUAUACGAUGUAGAACAGUUUAUAAAAAGCACAACCAGCGAAUAGGUACCCACUCUCAAAACACGCGAAGCAGUUACCUUCUGAGAAAUUAAAUUUGCCAUCUUUCCCUUCCUAGUCACACAUCUGGCUCCGUUUGGUGGCCUGAGAGCAUCUAAAACAUGCUGAAAAGACAUCGAGGACUUUUCCUAAAUAUGUGCCUUUUCGUCAUUUUUCCCCCAUAAAACGAGAUCGAUCAUUGGCCGAUUUAAACGUCGUGUCGUUCGGACCGGUACACGGAAAGCCUGAUUGGCCAGUGACAAAAUUGGAGGCAAGACUCCAACGUUGUCGGACAGAGUCGUGUUCAUUAUUCCCAUUUUAGUGCCUAAGUUCCGUAGAUCUGAUUUCCCGGCUGCCUGGGGAAGGCCGGGAACGUAACACAGCAUUAUCACUGGAGCCGACGUCAGCUGGACGGGCUUCCUGUCAUGUGACAGUCGUCACUGGAGCCCUGGUGUUUACGCAGAGGGUGUCCGUAAACGGGCGAUUAUCUCAGGGUCUAAGAUUUAAAAGAACUGAAAAAAAAACUCAUUUAAAGAAGACGAUAUAUAUUUAUGUAUCUAUAUAUAAACCGAAAGAGGGAUGCGUAUUGGCCUAAAUCUGUAUAUAAUCACGGAGAGCGUGCGAUUUCUGUAUAUGUAUGUAGAUACAUAGAUAUGUGUUUAUACUUUGUGACUUUUUGGCGAGAUGAACCUCCGAUUUACUACUGAGCGUUUUUAUUUUGACUCUCGGAGCCGCGAACGGCCGCUUUGUCUCGACGGCCGACCGGACUCCGCCAAAGAAGAGAGUGCAGAUGGCAUUUAACCGUGACAUCUUACCGUUACCGUCGUCGCUGCUGUUGUUUAUUGCUGUUUUUUAUUUUUUGUGUACGAUGCAUUAAAGGACAUGGGGAUAUCGUGGUAGGGGGGCUUCUCUUGGACCAGUCCACGUGCUGCUGGGGGGUGGUCAUGCCUGGAUAACGGGACUGGACGUCCCUCAUUAGGUGUGGAGGAUCUUUUUCGGGUUUCUACUCAUGGACGUGCCACCCCCCCCCCCCUUUUCAAUUCACCACAUCCCUCGAAACAAAGCGCUGAAUGGGGACUCAUGACCUUUCCGACGCCUCCUGCUCGUGUCAGAGGUCAUAGGUCGCAGGCCUUGGUUCUUUGCCUGAUGGGCAGCGGGACCCUGCUGACAGCAGCCGUCUGAGCGUCUUUAGCCUUCAGCUCGCGGAGCCGGCUGCGCAGUGACACACUCGGCUGCGCAGUGACACACUCGGCUGCGCAGUGACACACUCGACCGCGCUUACAAGCAAGAGCGUCCUGUUUGUAGCUCGAAUGUUGCUCGGACGAAAGUGGGCCUUCUGUUCUCCGUUGGCUGGUCUUUCAUGCGGAGGUUCGCUCGAGCCUUUCGUCCGCCACCAACACUCGGUUUCGUUCGCUGUAUGACACAGUGCUAGUAGCCCGUUUACCCAGCUUGCACGGUUUCAUACGCUGCUCUGUAUCUUACCGCCAGCAUAGUGCUCAUCUUGCUUCCUGCCUGCAUUCAAGUGUGAAAUCUCAUGGGAAGAAGGUUUCACCUCCAAACGAAAACCUGCGUGGAAGGAGUGAGGAAGGACAGUGAGGAGGAGGAGGAGGCAUGUGGUCACUCGAGAGGGCCUUUGCAGAGGAUCUGUGGGGGGGGGGUAACAGAAUUGGGAGUCACUCCCCAGCUGCACACGGCAGAUCGUUACGGAGGGGCCGUCUCUCUCCGCUGGUGGCGAGAUGAGAGCAGAGCCGGGAUGAAAAUUCUUCCAUGUCUCGGCCUGCUCAAGGAACCCAGCUGAAGACAAUCAAGGAUCUCGCCUGAGAGACAUUAAACUUUGGCGAGGCAGCAGGUGGCGCUGCGGUUAACGGCGCCGAUCCGUAAUCGGAAGGCCGCAAGUUGAGUUUUAUUCUGCAGUGAGACGUUCAGCUACGUCGAAGGCCGAGAAGCAAUGCGUCGCUACGCCAAACGGGUGUAAGCAAGCAGCGAUGACCAAACGCCGGCUGGACUUGCCCCCCCUCCUUCACAGAAGAAGGUAUUCUGUAUUUGGGGGAGGCCUGGAGUAAUUAAAAUUCAUGCCCAGGCGACCUAGGAUAUAGGAAUUCUGUGUUGUAGGGAAAAGGACGGAAUUCCCCUCACCGAGGACCAGACUCCAAUCACGGGACCAGCACAUGGGAGGGACUUUCCUUGUUUUCUGUUUCCGGUUCCUUCCCUCUCUUACCGUUGAGGUCCGUCCCUGGAAUUUUGCAAGUGCAUGUGGACGCCGCGGCGUGUGGAAGUGAGGCUGCUUCUCGUGAUGAUUUCUUACCCCGCCACCCCGUAAAGAAGACGACGACACUUCACGUAAAGUCUAGACCCUGCUGGCUGCACUGUUCCUGUUUCCUGGCACUGACAUGCCUGCUGACAUCACAGCUGACGUCACAGCUGACAUCACUGCUGACAUCAUCGCUGACAUCACCGCUGACCUGUACAAUUCCUGAAUCAUUUCUCCAUACUAUAAUAUGAAUGUGGCAGGAGUUUAUCCUUCUGUGUUCCUUGUUUCAAAGAAUGUCGUGCCAUUUGUUAAUAGCAAAGAGGAAUAUUAAAGAUAUAUUAAAUGAGAGCUAUUUUAAAUUAUUUUUUGGCCUUUUCAGUACGUAUUUAUUUUCUUGUAUUAGAAUCUUUGUAGGAGAUGAAAAAAAAAGGAACGACUGUAUUUUUCAUUAGUGCAAAAACCUAUUUUUCCCUUUUUUGUACAUUUUUUCAUGUCCAGCUAUCGACAGCAAUAUGAUGUUUUCUGUGACUGUAACUGCAUGCUGUUUGUGUUGCCUUAACUACGGCUGCAUUCCCCUCCCCACCUUCCCAUCCCCCCCCCCUCGUCCCGACACCCUCCGGCGUGGUCAACUGGUGCAGUCAAUAAAAGCUUUCCGUGUC